UGGUUUCUAAAAAUCAAAGUUUAAACAGCCAUAUAAUAAAUUGAACAAAAAUUCUAUUUAGAAAUUCUAUUAUAUAUCAUAUAAUGAGUAACUAUUAUUUUAUAUCAGACUCAGGCAUUAGAAUAUCGAAACAUAUAUACAUAGGUAUAUAUCAUUAGAUAAUUGUCAUUGAUUCAUUAAUUGAAGAUUAUUUGAAAAGUGAACUGAAUGUCGUGAUACUUGUCAGUCCAAAUAUGGAUAUACAUAUAUUAAUAUCAAAUUUAUUAACAAAAGGACCAGCUCGAAUCAAACGCUCUACAAAGUUCUGGAAAGCAAGGAAACUCUCGAAUCGAUAUCCCAAAGUGCAUGUAUUAACUAGCAAAACAUACAUAAGUUAAAUGUAAUCGUGGGAUCCUUACGGAUUGUAUUAUGCAUCGACUAUAAGGGAAACAAAAACUACAAAAUCAAAGCCCAUAGAAGAAGAUCUGUGAGAAAGGUCACAGAGUGCAUCAAUCAUAUAACACGCGAUUCAUUCACAACAUUUUCCAGUUACUGUUUUCUUUCGGCUCACCUUUCUUAGAAGUCUGCCUUGGUGAUAGCAUUUCCUGGUAGGUUUGUGCGAGUGCAUUCCAUCAGGAACGAAACAGAACAGUUACAUAAUCGAUGAGAUAUAGGGGAUUGCACUACAUUUGCUAAAGCAAUUCAUUCCGGUUAAUUGUAGAAGGUGGAAUCAGAUCAUUGUAAUCAAACAAUAUGGCAAUCUUUCAGCUUGAGGCUCUACAAUUGAGGUACCGGCUCUUAUGCUCAGCAUUUGUUGAGGGCAGAGCUCAAGCCCACCUAAAGAUAAAUCCGCUUAGCUGUCGCACGGCAGUGACUACAUAAAUCAAUGGACAAGACUCUAACAACGAGCCAUUCAAUGAAAAAUCCGACAUAAUUCUAAACGCACACACUUCUAGCAAGAGAAACGAACACCAAAACGAUAUAUGUAUAUGUAUAUAUGAAUAUAUAUGGGUUCUUCGGGUAUUCAGUAAUGAUGCCCAACACCUUUGGGAAGAAUAACAUUUUCAGCUGGACAAGCUGAAGUCAUAAAUGCAAUACGGAUCGCCGGCAACAAUAAAACUUUUCAGGUGCCACAAAGAAAGCCGAACAAUGCGCUUACAGACAUCGUGGCCAUAUGAGCGCCAGGAUUAUACUGCCUGGCUCUGGCUCUGGCUCUGUCUCUGCUCACUCAACAGGUAUUUCCAGUGAAAAUCGCUGGCGAUACAAAUAGUCGAAAAAAGGACAACUGGUUUAUGACGCCCUUAACUAACGCAAGCAAUGCAAUGCCAGCAUCAGCCGGCGGAUUAGCCAGGCCAACGGACUACUUACCUGGCCUUGUGACGACAACAAGCAGAUAGUGGGUUUCACAGGUAGGUGAGUGCCCAAGAAUGCGAGGGUUACAUGGAAGGUGAUUAGCUCGAAGCGCAGGCACACGUUGGGAUGAAUGAAGUUGAUUGGGAAAUACCUGACACUGGGAUUGGUGGGAAACUGUCCGCCGGCCUGCCAAGCGCUUUGAUAUCCAUUACCUAAUGUUGCAUAAAAGAUUACGCCCAGCACAAUGGCAGCACAGUCGACAUCAAGACGGCAAACAAGAACAACAUCAACACCAGCAACAGCAACAACAAUUGCAACUGCCAUCUGUCAGCAUGGAUAACUCCGCUCCGAUAACCACCCCCGACUAUGCACACAAAAAGUUCUCCGCAUUGAAGCGCAAGCGCAGCCAGGACGAGGAGACAGACGAUGAUGUGGUUUUCAUUAUGGAGCUGCCCGCCAAGCGUCGUUUCUUUCGCCCCUGGCUGGACGAGCCCCGAGCGACAAUUACUUCAGCAACAGCAGUGGAGCAACCACCGCGGCGACCAUCGCCCAAUACAGUGGCCACCACCUACCAUGCCAACAUGGUGCGCUCCCACACGCCGCGCCUGCGCAGCCCCAAGGCGCAGCAGCGGCGCGACCGCAACACCUUGGCCUGCCUGCUGAGCCGCCGGGCCCGACAAGCCAAGCAACUGGCCAUGGAGCAGCAGUACGAGCAAUACCGCCAGCAGCACGAGGCCAACUUGGAGCAGCAAGUACGCUUGAGUCUCUACUACGUCCGCUUUCUGCAGCAGACGAUGGCCGCGACUCGAACUGCCCUGCCCGACAGCAGCCAGCAGAGCCUGCAGCACGGACAACACAUGCACCAAGCCUGGCCCCAACAGCAGGCAACGGCCACGAAGCGCUAGAAGGACAAACUUCCUAUUUACGGAAGAUUUAUUGUAGCUAGUUUAUUUAUGUAUAGCUCUAAGUUAUUAUUGACUUUGUGAUAACUUUUAAAGUUUUAUUUAUUUAUUAUUGUUGACCAUGAAUAAAUGACAUUUGCAAAGAAUUUA